CGGCUGAAUACAGAAGCGUAGCAAAUCUGUUUGGCGUUGGCAAGUCAACCGUGUGCAUUUGCCUGAAAUUAUUUUGCCAGGAGGUGUGGAAAAUUCUUUCACCCUUGUACAUGAAUGCAUUUCCAUUAACAAGCGACAAGGUGAAUGAGUGCAUCCGAGGAUUUGAGGUUCUUGGUUUUCCACAAUGUUUAGGUGCAAUGUAUGGAAGCCACAUUGAAAUAAAACCAGAAUCUCAGAAUGCUGUUGACUACUAUAACUAUAAAGGGUGGUACUCGAUUGUUUUGUUUGCCCUUGUAGAUUAUAGAUACCGUUUUCUUUAUAGAAAUGUUGGGUAUCCUGGAAGAGUCAAUGACUCUUUCAUUUUUGAAAAUUCAUCACUUAAGAGGCAGUUAGAAAAUUAUAUUACUCUAGAAGACAAAAAUAGGGUGAUUGAUGGUGUCAAAAUACCCAUCUUGAUCCUCGGUGAUUCUGCAUUUCGAUUUUCCGAAUUUUUGUAAGUUUUAUUAGAAAUUCACCUAACCCUAAUAUUUAACUU